UUGUAAUUGGUGCGGUGGCCAAGGCACUUGUAGUCCCUGCGAUGUCGAAUGACGGGUCUGACACUGGUGGUAAACUGUGCUCCGUAGAUUUUGAGAUAUUCGGGCAUGUGCAGGGUGUUUGCUUCCGAAUGUACGCCGAGGAUGAGGGGCAUCGGCUGGGCCUGUGCGGCUGGGUGAAGAACACCAGCAGAGGCACCGUGGUGGGACAGGUGCAGGGUCCUCCCGAAAAAGUCAAAGAAAUGAGGGUGUGGCUGAGCAAGAAGGGGAGUCCUGGAUCUCGCAUCACCCGCGCCGUCUUCUCCAACGAGAGAGACAUCCCUAAGCUGGAGAUAUCAGGCUUCAGGACACGCCGCUGAAGCUCAGCUUCUGCACACCGCACCAAAACCCACUGCCCUCUGCACACGGCACUAAACCCCACUGCCCUCUGCACACGGCACUAAACCCCACUGCCCUCUGCACACGGCACUAAACCCCACUGCCCUCUGCACACGGCACUAAACCCCACUGCCCUCUGCACACAGCACUAAACCCCACAGCACUAAACCCCACUGCCCUCUGCACACUGCACUAAACCCCACUGCCCUCUGCACACAGCACUAAACCCCACUGCCCUCUGCACACGCUACUAAACCCCACUGCCCUCUGCACACGCUACUAAACCCCACUGCCCUCUGCACACGGCACUAAACCCCACUGCCCUCUGCACACGGCACUAAACCCCACUGUCCUCUGCACACUGCACUAAACCCCACUGCCCUCUGCACACAGCACUAAACCCCACUGCCCUCUGCACACAGCACUAAACCCCACUGCCCUCUGCACACUGCACUAAACCCCAAUGCCCUCUGAUGUCAUGUGUUAAUAAACGCACAGUACAGUCAAAGCAUUUCAAGAAUCGGUAACCUUAUUCCUCCAUUUAAUACGAGCAUGAAUACUUGUUCAAUGAACAUUCCUGCAGAAAUUUGCAUUUUUGAUGUCAGACACUGUCUUAGCUUUCCACUAAGAAAUACUUUGCAGAGGAAUUAUAGCUUGGGAAGUAGUCCAACAUUAUGUGUAUUACUGCAUUACUAAUGUGGUUCUGUAAGCGUUGUUGAUGUUGGGCUAGUUUUUGUCUAAGUGCUUGUUGAUAUUAUUUGACUUGGUUUAUUUAAGGGGAUAAGGAACAGUUUACAUAAACCACAUUUGGAGAAGCAACCA